CCGCUCUCGCACCCACCCGCGCCACGUCCACCGCCGCACCGAUGGACCCCAGCGCGCAGCCGCCGGCAGGCGUGGCCGAGCAGCAGCUGCCGCCGCCGCAGCUGGCCGCCGCAGCGCCGCCGGCGUCGGCGUCGGCGGGCAGCUUCAACGCGCUGUGGCUGCUGCUGCUCAUCCCCAUCGUGCUGCUCUUCGCCGCGCUGCUGCUCCUCACCUGGGUGCUGCUGCGUCGUCGCCGCCGUGCACGAUCCCGCCGCAGCGUGCUGCGCAACGUCGGCCUCGUCCUCGCCGACGACGCGCGCGAGAAGGAGCGCGCCGAGCAGGCACGCCUCUCGCGCGCCGGCAGCGUCGUCUCGCGCCUCAGCCGCAUGGCCAGCAGCCGCAGCGGCCACGGCGGGCCCGCGCGCAGCGCCAGCCUCAGCCACACGGCCAGCACGCGCCACGGCGGCGCGCCGCUCGACACCGAGAGCGAAAAGGCGGCGCACUUCGACUACGUCGAGGAGCUGCUGCUGGCACGCGGCGCCCUCGGCGCCUCGCAGCGCUCCGCCGGCGGGCGCCAGGCGCGUCCACGGCCGCCGCCGGCCGCCGUGCUGCACCCGCAGCGCAGCUUCACGCCCGGCACGGAGCGCAUUGCGCUGGCCGACGAGCCGGCGCCCAGCUUUGAGAUCCUGCCCGCGCCCGGCGCAGACGUCGAGGCUACUGCUGGUGCUGAAGAGGCGCCCGAGGUGGCAGAGGCGGCACCUGCACCGGCCAUCAGCGUGCCACCGCGGGUGCGCAUCGCCACCGGUGUGCGACCAGGCGGCCACGCCAUGCGCCGCAAGGACCUCUCCGUCAUUGGCGAGACGUCGCUCGGCAGCGUCGGCGACAGCGAGAGCACCGACCUCUCGGCACUGGCGUCGCAGCCGAGCGCCUCGCUCUCGCAGCCCAGCACGUCGCAGUCGCAGCCCAGCUCGCUCUCGCAGCCCGGCGCGCCGCACUCGCUGCCCGACUCGGCCGUCUUCUACUCGCCGCCGGCAUCCACGUCGAUGGCCUCGUCCGAGGACGACGCUGGCGACUCGCCCAUCACGCCGACGACGGUCGGGCGCAACAACUCGCAGCAGUCGUCGAGCGCGCACUCGAAGCUGGCCGACAAGUACGGCGCGCGCUCCACCGACAGCGCCGCGUACGUGGCCUCGCUGCAGCGCCACGACCCGCCCACGGCCACCGUGCCCGUCGAGAUGCUGGCCGUGCCUGCGUCGCCCGCGUCGCCGCGCGAGAGCGACAAGGGCGGCCUGGCGCGCAAGCUCUCCAACGCCAUGCGCCGCCGCGGCUCGAAUGCCUCGCGCGCAAAGUCACCCGACGCCGCGCCGCGCCGCAGCUCCGCCUCGGCCUCGCACUUCUCCUUCGACGGCAUGCGGCGCACCGCCAGUCCGGCCGCCGCAGAGCCGGCAGCGACGAGCCCGGGCGCGUGGACGUACACGUCGCAGGCAGACGAGUGGCGUCGGCGCGCCUCCAUGUCGCCCACGCCCGGCGCCGCCGGCGCUGCAGGCAGCUCUGACGCGCUCGCGCGCUCCACGUCGCUCGGCACGGCGGCCGCGGCCGGCGCGCCGUCGCCGUCGCCGUACAAGAGCAGCAGUGCCUCGCAGCUGGCGCCCGCCGACGGCGACACGUCGGCGCUCUCGCUCAAGCGCUCCAUCAGCAUCGGCGUGGCUGGCAGCCGCUUCGUCGAGACGUUCGAAGACUGAUGCACCGGAUCACCCUCACUCGGACACUCCCUCUCACCACGUCCCUUCUCCUGUACUUAUGUCACCCACCCCGGCCCCUCUUGCGUCUCUCGAGGCGCUCUGCCUCCACGUCACUGCACGGCCCCGUCUGCGUAUUUGUAUGCUUCUCGGCUCUCUCACACGCACACGGCCUUCCGCUCCGCCUCCUCAAUUCGUCACACGUCACUUGCCCUCCGUCCUUCGUCUUCUGCUUUCCCAUCUCUCCCUCAUCUCGCUCGCCGGAUCAUCACACACACACACGCCGUGCGGCUCAUUAUGCAAUCAACCUCUCCA